CACCCCCAGGCUCCUCAGCAUGCCGCCAAACCCCACGCGCUGUUGAGCGAGGCCAACUUCUCCUCUGCACACCCACGCGUGUCCGCGUCUUUUAAACGGAGCCACGCGCGCCCCCCCCACGCGCCCCCACCGGCUCGUUCCCUGUCAGAUGGAGUCCUCCCUGGAGUUUUCCGGCUCCUUUGGGAGCGCGUCCUCCCUCCUGACCCGCUGCCGGACCUUCAAAGUGCUCGUGAUCGGGGACUCCGGCGUGGGCAAGACCUGCCUCACGCACCGGCUGUGCGCCGGACACUUCCCCGCCAGGGUGGAGGCCACCAUCGGCGUGGACUUCCGCGAGAGAGCGCUGGACGUGGAUGGAGAGAGGAUUAAGCUCCAGCUGUGGGACACGGCGGGACAGGAGCGUUUCCGGAAGUCCAUGGUGCAGCACUACUACCGGAACGUGCACGCCGUGCUCUUCGUGUACGACGUCAGCCGCCCGGCCAGCUUCAGCGCGCUGGCCGCCUGGAUGGAGGAGUGCCGGCAGAACUCUGUGGGCCAGGAGAUACCCAGGUUCCUGAUCGGGAACAAAGCUGACCUGUGUGACCCGCGGCUCUCUGACCGGCAGAAUAAUUACGAGGUGGAGGAAGUUUCCUUUCCCGAUAACUGA